AAACGUCAUGUAUGUGCGACAGGAAUGAAUUUUUUUCUAGGGCAUGUCAAUGGAGGAGGACAGCCUGUAGUCCACUCUUAUGUCUGUUUGACAUUUAAGCCCUAAAAAUAUAUACUAAGAUCACCAUGAUUGCACUUACUAGAUUUCUUCGCAGAAAACAGUGUCUGUCACAGGUUGCCUUAGUCGCCGGUCAAACGCAUAGGGCUCUAUCGUCUCAGACGGAGGGAGAAAUCAGAAUUGCGAAAAUACUUCAAGAUAAAUUUCCGCAGGCAGCCUCACUGAAGGUGCAUGACAUUUCAGGUGGAUGUGGUGCCAUGUAUGAAAUACACAUUGAAUCGGAGGAAUUCAAGGGCAAACGAACAGUUCAGCAACAUCGGCUAGUGAACCAGGCGCUUAAAGAUGAGAUCAAAACCAUGCAUGGCCUACGAAUAUUUACAGAUGUUCCCAAGAAUUAGAAGCAAGAAGUCUGAGGUCAUUAUCUAAUUACUCACAUGACCAUUAUCAGAAAACCUCAGAUGGAAGUUGAUGUAGCAUAACAAACUGCAUUUUGCAGACAGAACGCACAUAAAGCUAAUAUGCAAAGGUUUGUAUUCCUCAGUAGUGGCAUCUGAAUUAAUACCAAUGUAUCUAGUGAAGAAAAAAAAAAUGACAGGGAUAUAAAAAGUAUUGUGAAGGUAAUGUGUUUGUCUACUUUUGGCAGCACAUUUUCUUGCUGUUGUAAAUGUUGCGCACAAAUGCAGCUGGUGAGAUUUUUGUUGUGUAAAGUUUACUCUGUGAAGAGUGACCUUAAUUUUUGAUACGCACAAAGUAAAGUUGUCUUGCUAGUUAUAUCAUCUGUGAUUAAUGCAAGAAGGAGAGAGGAGGUUGAUGGGUAGACACUAUUUGAAUAACACACUGGCAUGCACAGACCUACCUGAAUUUCACUUUUACUUUUGAACUUGGUACUUAAUUGUUUUUUAAGUGCAUUCGGUCUCACACACUUCACACUUGAUGUACGCUGUACAAUGUGUGCAACCCUGUACUUGUACGAGCCGUAUCCGGUUGUAUUUGCAUACACAAAAAAGAAACUGAGGAGUGUUUGAGAUGUAUAGAUAAUCGGUAAUGUGAUUAAAGCCAUCAACACAGAAGUGUAAUUCACUCAAAUUUUUGGUAAAUGCAGUCUUUUUAAAUUUGAAAACUUAAGGUAUGUUAUGAAGUUGUUGGCAGCCAUGUCUGACCCUUCAUAAGCAGUUAGAGGUUAAGGUAUAAGAUUAAAUUAGAUAGUGACUGACUGCCUAGACUUUCUAACCACAAUAUGCAUCUUCUUCUCUUUUAUUUUGUUGGAUAUUUUCACACGUGGUCUUUUAUAAAUGUCCAGGAAAGUUCGGUGUGGUUUCUUUUAAGUAUUUGUUGUUUCUCAGGUUUCGGUAAGUUGAUAUUUUAUAUCGAACUUAACUCAUUUUAUAAAUAAUAUUUUAUUGAUUAAAUGCCAAUGCACCCAUUUUUUUUUAUUUGCUAGUUUUAAAAUAUUCUCCAUAUAUAUAAGAUACAAAUUUAUCAAUGAAAGCAUUUACAGCCGUAUUGUAGAAACCCUUGCCUGGAAAUAAAAGGAAAACUGAAUUGAUUUUAGAAAAGUAUGUUCAUUAGCCAUAACUACAGAUGAACAAUGGAGUUGUAUUGUAUUUAAUUAUUUUCAUUUGCUUUUUGGGGCACAUGCAUCCAAAUAAAACUUUUUAGUUAACUUUUUUAAACAGCUGAUAUUUUGCUAUGGGCUAGAAAAGCUAAUAAAAUCCAUCAUUCCCCAUC